AUGUCCGCAAUUGUGCUUUUCAAUCAGCAAAAGAUCCGCGAUCGCCACAAGAGAGAGGCGCUCAUUGAGGCCUUCCGCAAGGCCGACAAGAAUGGAGACGGCCGCCUCACGGUCGAUGACGUCUACGGGAUCUACAUGAGCCACGGGGUCGACGUCACAAGAGAAGAGGUGCAAAAGAUUGUCGAGGCCGCCGACAAGGAUGGAACCGGCCUGCUCACCGAGAAGGAGUUCGUGGACAGUCAGAAGACCGGAGAAGGUGUGACGGUGAUGGAAGACCCCAAAAGUCAAGAUGAUCGUCAGCAGCCAAAGGAUGCGGGUAAACAGGCAGAGCUGGCCUUCAAGCUCUACGAUAAGGACAAGGAUGGAUACAUCACCAAGUCGGAGAUGGAGAAGUUGUCCAAGAACCUUUCCAAAGAGCAAAUCGAGAAGGUCUUUGCCCGCUUCGACGCCGAUGGGGACGGUCGAUUGAGCUAUGCAGAGUUCCGAAAGAUGAUGAAUAAAUGA